AUGUCGCGACACCGUGUGAAAGACGUCGGAUACGACGACGAUGACUACUAUGAAGGUGAAGAUGAUGAGUACACACCUGACCCUGAAGAACAGGAACUCCUCCAACAGUGUACCGCCCUUGUUUUGCAACAGCUCGGUGCGGGGCAACCUUCGGUGACCGCGACGAAAGAAGAAGUCCACGAUGCCUUAUGGCACUACUACAAUGAUAUUGAGAAGUCGGUCAAUUAUUUACGAGCAUAUCCUGCUCCUCCUUCUACUGCGCAUUUCUCGGCCGCCGAUUUCUUUCGCGACUGCCCAUGGCUCAACAUUCCCUCGCAUCGGAAAGCGGAUAUCUUGAUCGAGCCACUGCACCCACGGCUGGGUCUCUUAGGCGGUGCGCCGGAAAAUGGUGGAAAACUCUCCAAACUGGCGGCACUAGCUGCAGCCCGGAAGAAGAAAGAGGGCGAGAAGACACAAUCCACGCUAGAGACUUCCAAAUCAUCAACCCCGAAAUCAGAACAAGCCACGACAUCCUCGCUGGCUCAACGGGACACACCUCUCUCUCUUCGUGACCGACUUGCGGCAAGUGGCAGGUCAGCACCGAAAUCUUCAGAGGGUUCUGGCUCUCUUCGCCGUUUGGCAAGCUCAAGCUCGUCGUCUUCCUCUUCGACACCUAAGCAUCCCGCACGCGAGAUCAAAAAAGAAUCAAUUUCUGAUGUGUCGGCACCAAUGCAAAGAAUGAGGCUAGAGCCGCAAAAGCAGCCAGAGCCUGAGCAAACAGUGCCCACCAUUCGCGCCUCACCCUCUACAUUUGCCAGCACUAUUGUUGGUCCAGCAACUGGCCCGACGACGGCCGAGCCCAGCCGUUUACACCCCAACAGCUCAGACCUGUUGAGGAUCUAUGGACAGGAUCAUGCUGAACCUUUUGACUUUGCAGCGCCUAGCCCCGACGAUGUCGUUCUCAAAGCACAGAGCACAGCGAAAGGAUUAAAGCCGAAGUCAGCCGCAUCGAAAUCGUCGGGGAAGAAAGCCCAGUCUGAUCUUGCAGGUGGUAUGAAAGAUCUCUCGGUGGAGGAAAAGGUCACAGUCAAGAGCAAGAAUCUUGAUGUUUUGUCAGAGUACAAGAAAUCUACCCGCAAGCGAUCGGCAAACUUUGUGGUCAUUGGUCACGUUGAUGCUGGUAAAAGCACUCUUAUGGGACGGUUGUUGGCAGAUCAAGGUGCCAUCGACCAACGGACGUUAGAUAGAUAUCGACGAGAGGCCGAGAAGAUCGGCAAAGGAUCGUUUGCGCUGGCUUGGGUACUGGAUCAAGGGUCAGAGGAGAGAGCACGAGGUGUGACAAUAGAUAUCGCCACCAAUCAGUUUGAAACCGACAAGACAGCCUUCACAAUUGUGGAUGCACCAGGACAUCGUGAUUUCGUCCCAAACAUGAUCGCCGGUGCUAGCCAGGCAGACUUCGCUGUCCUGGUUAUUGAUUCCAGUGUGGGCAAGUUCGAGUCGGGGUUGAAGGGUCAGACUAAAGAGCACGCUUUGCUGGUGCGAAGCAUGGGUGUUCAAAAGAUUGUGGUGGCCGUGAACAAAAUGGACACCGUGCAAUGGGACCAUGAUCGAUUUGAAGAAAUCGAGCAGCAAAUCUCUGGGUUCUUGACAACGGCGGGCUUCCAGGAAAGCAAUAUUUCAUUCGUUCCGUGCUCAGGAGUGCUGGGUGAUAACAUUACUCGACGGACUGAGGACCCUCACGCAUCCUGGUACACGGGACGCACACUGAUUGAAGAGCUGGAAACAUCGGAGCCAUACACAUAUGCCCUUGAGAAGCCUUUGCGUAUGACAAUCGGCGAUGUCUUUCGGGGUGGUGUCCAAAACCCUCUUUCCAUCUCUGGCCGUAUUGAUGCGGGCAGCUUGCAAAUGGGCGACCAGAUCCUCACUAUGCCCAGCGGCGAGACAGCAACAGUCCGCAGUUUAGAGGUGGACAACGAAGCAAGUGACUGGGCAGUCGCCGGCCAAAACGUCGUUUUGAACAUUGCCAACAUUGACCCGAUCCACCUUCGUUCCGGUGACGUUGUCUGCCGUGCUUCCUCGCCCAUUCCGACCAUCACGUCCUUCACUGCCAAGGUUCUGGCUUUCGAACACUUGAUGCCCAUGCAGGUGGAUGUGCACCGGGGCCGUCUACACGUACCCGGUCGGAUUAGCAAGCUAGUUGCAUCUCUGGACAAAGCUUCAGGAGCGGCGAUCAAGAAACGCCCGAAGAUUGUCGGUCCAGGUGUUGUGGCGCGUAUUGUGGUUGAGAUGGAUCAGGCUGUCCCUCUGGAAGCGCCGACGCGGAUUGUUCUGCGUGCGGGAGGCUCGACAGUGGCUGCUGGAUUGUUAGAAUAG